CCCGGUGUACGUCUGCCAGCCAUGCGUCGGAAGGAAAUUUCGUCCGGCGCAUUUUACAAAGUUUGUUUUUAAAUUGUGCAUCUAUCGUGGCUAAUUUUGCUGCAAGGUCACCAUAAGCAUGUGCGGGAUUGGACUGUGCGUCAGACUGUGUGGAACCAGCCCGUCGAAAGACUGCGCACCUUUCCUGAGCAAUGAGACAAUUGCACUGCUAAAGCGACGGGGCCCAGAAGGAUGCCAGCUGGAAGAGGUGAAAGCAGCCAGUGCAGCUCGGUUCACGCUCCUUGCGACGGUGUUGGGGCUCAGGGGCCGCCAGCUGACACUGCAGCCCGUAAAGGAUGAGCUGGGGAACCUGCUGGCAUGGAACGGGGAGAUCUUCGGGGGCCUCAAGGUUUCGGACAAGGAGUGCGACACCAACUUUCUGCUUCACCAGCUGUCACAUUGUGCCUGCGAGUCUGAGCUGCUGAACACUGUGUCACAUAUCGAGGGACCAUGGGCAUUUGUCUACUUCAAGAGGAACGAGCAGCAGCUUUGGUUCGGGCGUGAUGUCUUUGGACGUCGAAGCCUGCUGUACCAAGUCAAGGGCACCAGUCUCACGCUUGCAUCGGUGGUGGCUCCAAAACCAAAUGAGAGCUGGACCGAGCUGCCAGCAAUCGGCAUCUACUGCCUGGACUUAAAGCAGAGCGUAGCCCAGGGACGCCUGGCCGUGCGCCUGUUCCCGUGGCACCGGCUGCCCGCGGGCGACCUGUUUGAGCCUGACGGCUGGCAGCCUGGCCCCCUCGGCGAGACUCUGCUGUGUCCCAUCGAGCCUUGGCUCAGCAGCUCUCUGAACAGGGAGCUUGGAAAUGGUCCGCCGCCCAUGCCGACCCUUGGACGGGCCUUCUUCAGGAAGGUUUUAGACGAGCACGCAGAGAUAUCGACUGCUGUGGCUGAACUGGACAAGGUGCUGUACGAGGCAGUGCGCCGCCGUCUCUCCAACCACAGCAUGGUCUGCCACUUGUGCAUGCCCAGGCAUCGUUCGGGCCUCGCUGACAUUCCAGAGUGUGGCCAUGCGUCUGUGGCUGUUCUCUUCUCCGGUGGCCUGGACUCCAUGGUCAUCGCUGCACUGUGUGCCAGGCUUCUCCCCAGGCGCUACCCCAUAGACCUGCUGAAUGUGGCCUUUGAGCACCAAGUGCACAUGAUUGACAGCCAGAGCAAGACCAAAAAGUGGUUCAAGUCCUUCGAUGCCCCUGACCGUCUCAGCGCCAAGCUAGGCCUCGACGAGCUACGUGCAGUGUUUCCUGACCGCAAGUGGAACCUCGUUGAGAUUGAUGUGGGCAAAGAAGAACUGCAGUUCGAACGCGCCAACCACAUUCGCAAGUUGAUCUACCCACUGGAGACGGUCCUGGACGAUAGCCUUGGGUGUGCCCUCUGGUUUGCCACUCGCGGGAGGGGAAGUAUCUCGGGCACUGCUCUGCCCCCUGGUGCCCCCUAUGAGAGCCCAGCAAGGGUCGUCUUCCUAGGAAUGGGUGCAGAUGAGCAGCUGGGCGGCUAUUCAAGACACAUGGUGAAGUACAAAAACUUUGGCUGGCAGGGUCUUGUUGAUGAGAUUGCCAUGGAGCUCAACAGAAUAGCCCACCGGAACCUCGGCAGGGAUGAUCGCAUAGUGUCGGACCAUGGGCGAGAAGCCAGGUUUCCAUUCCUGGACAGGGAUGUUGUCAAUUUUCUGAAUCGGGUGCCAAUUUGGAUGAAAGUGAACCCCCACCUGCCCCGAGGGAUCGGAGACAAAAUGCUACUGCGCACGCUGGCCGCAAGCCUGGGCCUCAACGAGGCUGCCUGUCGACCUAAACGGGCCAUGCAGUUUGGCUCGCGCGUUGUGCACGCCGAAGAAGACCGUGCCAAAGGUGGAGACAUCUGCAAGAAACUCAUGGACAUCGAUUUAGGAUCUGUUCCCGAGAGUGAGCGAGCUUACUGGAAAGCAUGACCACCUACCAGACACUGCAACUACAAUGUGGAAUUCAAUGCGGGCACCUACUGUGAUAUCUGGCAGAUCUGAGCCCUCUGCAUUGACUGAUGUCGAGGAGCAUCUGCUGCUGUAAAUUAUAAAUAUUAUUGUCACGGUGA